GUGGCCGAGUGGUUAAGGUUGCUGACUUCAAAUCACUUACCUCUCAUCGAUGUGGGUUCGAGACUCACUCGGGGCGUUGAAUUCUUCAUGUGAGGAAGCUAUCCAGUUGGCUUACGGAAGGUCGGUGGUUCUACCCAGGUGCCAGCUCAUGAUGAAAUAAUGCACGGAAGGGCACCUAGGGUCUUUCUCCACCAUCAAAGCUGGUCGCCAUAUGACCUAAUCCUGUGCCGGUGCGACGUUAAACCCAAAAAAAUAAAUAUUACCUUUUUAAUAACAUUAUUUUCAGGAUGUUUUACUUAAAAUAUUCAUUUAAUAAUUUUCUACACAGGGCUCCUUACCUCACAAAUCUAUAGAGGGUGUACCAGACACAUGGCAGUUUGCGGCUACAGAAACGGGCUACCUUAACGCAGAUCUAUUCCAUCAGUGGUUUACUAAACUUUUUAUUCCUCAUUGUGGAAAGGAGAGGCCAGUUGUGCUGAUAAUGGAUAACCACAACAGUCAUGUGUCCGUCAAUACAGUGAAAGACGCCAUUGACAAUGAUAUAGUGCUAGUUGGUCUGCCAGGCAACACGACGCAUAUCCUGCAGCCUCUAGAUGUUAAGGUGUUUGGUCCUCUGAAGUCACGAGUGGACACGAUCUGCAGCAACAUGCCAUUCGCCCGUCGAGGAACGAGGUUGUCCAAGAUACACUUUCCUGCUGUACUCAGACACGCCAUGGAACAGGCCACCCCUGCCUCUAUUCGGAAGUCAUUUGAAGUGACCGGCCUAUGUCCAUUAAGCAGAGCUGCUAUUGAUACGUCACAGCUGCUUCGACCAGCAUUUGGGCCUGUUGCAGUUGGAGGUGAAUCUACAAUCUCUACGACCUGCCCUACCUGCGGCCAUUUUGUGACGAAUCCACUGGUCACCAUGGGAAUUGUGACAGAGCCGUUGGCCAGAGUUCUCCUGCCACCACCAACCGCCCCGCUGACAGAGAAGAAACAGUCAUCUAAGAGAGUUGAAAAGGGCCGUGUACUUAGUACACAAGAAAUCCUUAGUUCAUUGCAGGAAAAGGAGAAGAAGGAAGAAGAAAGGAGAGCAGCUAUUGCAACGAGGAAGUUAGAGGCAGAGAAGAGACGAGAGGCGAAGGCAAAAGAUGCAGAGGAGAGACGUUUGAAGAGAGCAGAGGAACAGACAAAAAGGGCCGAGAAAAGAAAAAGGGAGGAAGAGGAAAAGGCAGAGAGGAAGAGACUCAGAGAAGAGAGAAAGGCACAGAAGGAAGCAAGGAGUUUGAGAAGAGAGAUAGUUGUUAUCGAUGAAUUGAGAGCCUCUAUGUAUAUUUGUAACGUAUGUGGCGGACGUGGCAGAAAGGACGACGAAGUAAAUGGUGUUGAGUGGUAUGGUUGUGAUGGAUGUGAGGCUUGGUACCAUGAUGGAUGUUUGAGUGUAAGGGAGUUGGAGUUUGUCAGAGUAAGUUUGAAUGAGAGAAGUGAUUGGCUGUGUAAGUCAUGUAGUGCUUGCUUGUAUGAGGAGUAAAUGGAGUGUCUUGGAGGAUCGAUGUUUUAAGUAGGUGCAAAGAAAGUUGUUACUUUUAUUUUAAGUAUUGAAUUAUUAAUUUACUAGUUUACUAGUUAAAGUGAUUGAUUGAUUGAUUGAUUGAUUGAUUGAUUGAUUGACUGACUGACUGACUAGUUUACUAGUUAAAGUGAUUGAUUGAUUGAUUGAUUGAUUGACUGAUUGACUGACUGACUGACUGACUGACUGCUGACUGACUGAUUAUUUUUAUAGUAUAAAAUGGAAGUGUGGAACCUAAAUAAAAAGUUACUGAAUACAUUAGAUCUGUCUUUCUUAUUUUCGAAAUGAAUAUAAUUAGACUAUAAUUUCAAUCAAAUCUGCGCGACAUGACUUAAUCACAACACUUAAAAACGUCCAGGUAACUUUAUGUGGUAAAACUAGCCACUCAUAACGGGCCUCGACCUAUAAAUAACUCAACGUAUGGCUAUAAAUAAACACACAUAUUCAGAUAACACAUCAAACUAUUUUUAGAACAUUCUAUCACGCUUUCUCUUUCCUACUUGGAGAAGAAGGAUACCUUUUAAAUCUCCGUUGGCAAAUAUUUCCCACGAGGUAUGCUAUUUUAAAUUGAUUGCAUUUUGUUGAGAAAAGAAUGAUUUUGGCUGUAGCAUUGAUUUAUUUCCAAAACAAUGUUGAAAAUAUGACUAACUUUAUGUUUAAAAAGUGGCCGAAUAUUUACAACCUCUAGAUGGUAAAAUGUGGAGGCUGAACGUGUCCGCUAUUUUUAGCACGGUUUUAUUGUUUACCAUACUGUAAACGGUCCUUAAUGAUAACAAUCAAUGUUGCUUGUAUUAAAGCACAUAUGGUAGAAAUUUUGUACAAAUCCGUUGUAUAAAGAAAGAAAUAUUUACGAAAAACCGCAAAAAGUGGCCGAAUUUAUG